CCUCUACACCAAGCAACCAUGCAAAUCCGUGCUCUCGUCUCCCUCGUCGCCCUCAGCUUGACUCUCGUCUCGGCACGACCUCAUGUCGUCGAGCGCGAUGCCGCCAACCGUCCUGCGUACGUCAACGCAGACGGCACCCUCGACAUCGUCGGUCUCGUCGCUGCUUCGCGAAUCACCCCGACCAACCUUCCCCCAAGCUACCCCACCAACCAGACGAUCUCCACGAGCGAUACCGAUGCUGCAGUCGUCCAGCAGGCUCAGCAACAGCAGUCUUCGACAUCUGUCUCCAAGCGUGGCUCCAGCAGCGGCGGCUGCCCAAAGACGCUCAACGUGCCCAGCACAUUUGGUAACCUUCUGGUGCCCCAGGGCCUGACUGCCAAGACCUUUACGGCAUGGCCUUACUUCUCCUACACCGCCAAGCAAGGAAACGAUACAAUCUCAUCUGGCAAAUACACGCAAGUGUACGAGAACCUGCAGGGAACCUACUCCAACCCUGGUGCCAACUCGUACUUGGGCAUGUCCACGCACUGGUGCUACAAGCCAGAGACGUGUGCGGCCAAGUGCGAUGCUCUCAAGGGCUGCAUGUCCUUUGAUAUCUACUACGAGCGUGACCCUGUCGUUGACCCGACUGUCAGCAGCACCUGCUCCGAUCCACUUUCGAUCACCAACCUCGUCUGCGCCUACUACGGCACCCCCAUCAGCUCGGACCUGGCCACCAACACUGGCUCCACCCUUGGAAACUUCCAGGUGGUCAAGGCGGGAGUGGAUGGCUACCAGCUGACGAAGUACACGCCACCUGCUAUCGCAGGAUUCAAGGGUGCCACGCGCCCUGGCCUUGUCGACAACCGUGUCGCCACCGGCCAGGGCCAGCUCCUCAGCCCGGCCUACGCCAACUACAACACCUACUCCAUCAUGUACACGUCUGUCCUGACGCAGAACGCCUACUUCGACCCCAUCUUCUGCAAGAACGUGGCUGACACUGUGUCGGGCUCUAAGUCCUUCAGCACGUGGCCCCUGACUGUCGGCGGCGACCCCAACUCGACGCCCUUCGCAGGUGCCGGCGGUCGCUACCUGGGCCAGGGCUGCAUUAUCUACUCGGUCAGUGGCUUCCCCGCGGCCACGUUCAACGAUGUGGGCCAGUACGGCCACGACUCGGUCACUGGAAACGACCAUGCCUUCUACACCCACGCGCCCAACUUCCACUACGACUCGGUUGCUUCUUCGUAA